AUGCUCACAUCCGCCGUCCUGGCCAGCCUGGCCGCACCCGCUCUCGCGACUCUUCCCAACAGUGAGCCCGUCGAGUUCGCAUGCGGCAACGCCCUGCCCAGCAAGGAGUUCCUAGACACAUCCAGCAAGCUGCGCGCCGCAGAACACUCCCUCACCUCGCAAGGCGAGCUCGCCGCGGCGGAAAUCCUCCUCGACACCCACAUCCACAUCGUUGCGGCAAACAACACGGCAGACAGCGGCUACGCCUCAGUAAGUGCCUCUCUCUGGACUCCGGACAACCAAACACAAACACGCCCUCCGCCGUCUCGCGAUUCACCCAAGUCCAAGAAACUAAUGCCCUCCUCGCCACCCGUAGCGAGAAGCCAUCCACGACCAGAUGGACGCCCCGAACAAGGGCUUCGCGAGCAGCGGCAUCAGGUUCGUCCUCAAGUCCCUCGACCACACCAUCAACGCCACCUGGUCCAGCGGCUCGAGGAAGAGGCGAUGAAGAAGGCCCUCCGCAAGGGCCGCUACCACGACCUCAACCUGUACUUCUCCAAGCAGCCCAUGGGGCGCUUCGGCGUCCUGGGCUACUGCACGCUUCCACAGUGGGCACCCCGGGGCUCCGACGCCUUCGAAAGCAACGGGUGCGUCGUCAGCGUCGACACGCUGCCCGGCGGUGCCUUCCGGGAGUAG